AUGAACAAACUGGAGGAAAGGGUGGCUCCCCAGGCAUGGAACCAAGCAAGAAUGCAACUCAACAGGGUGUCUCCCCAGGGUGGCUCCCCAGGCAAGAAUGCCACUCAACAGGGUGGCUCCCCGGGCAAGAAUGCCACUCAACAGGGUGGGUCCCCAGGCAAGAAUGCCACUCAACAGGGUGGCUCCCCGGGCAAGAAUGCCACUCAACAGGGUGGGUCCCCAGGCAAGAAUGCCACUCAACAGGGUGGCUCCCCGGGCAAGAAUGCCACUCAACAGGGUGGGUCCCCAGGCAAGAAUGCCACUCAACAGGGUGGGUCUCCAGGCAAGAAUGCAACUCAACAGGGUGGGUCCCCAGGCAAGAAUGCCACUCAACAAGGUGGAUCCCCAGGCAAGAAUGCCACUCAACAGGGUGGGUCCCCAGGCAAGAAUGUAACUCAACAGGGUGGGUCCCCAGGCAAGAAUGCCACUCAACAGAGUGGGUCCCCAGGCAAUGAACCAAACAAGAAUGCAACUCAAGCGGGCUCUGGAGGGCAGAACGGAUCUCAAGCAGGUGAACCAGGGAAUAAAAUAAUUACAACUAUCACUACUUCAUCUGGAUCUCAAAGCGGUAGCACUAAUGACGGAAAUAAUUCACAAUCGACCACUAAGACCUCAGUAAACAAAACAGAAUCUGGGCAAUCAGGCGGAGUCAACGCACUGGGCAAAACUCCAUCAGACAAGCCAGGGACGAAGACAACUAUAACCAUAACUGAUUCCUCAGGAUCUCAAAGCGUUGUGAUAUCUGGACAAGGAGGAACCGCUACUACAUCUGGAUCGACAACAGGCAAUACUAAAGAUGGGGACGGAUCAACGAAAUCAACUUCUCAGACUUCGGGCACUUCUUCAGGGAAUGCUACAGCUGGCUCGACCACUGGUAGUUCAACAAAAGUGAGCAAGACAAGCGAGACUGGUGACAACCAAGAUAAACAAUCAGGCGGUAACAACCAAGAUAAACAAACAGGCGGUGACAACCAAGAUAAACAAUCAGGCGGUGACAACCAAGAUAAACAAACAGGCGGUAACAACCAAGAUAAACAAACAGGCGGUGACAACCAAGAUAAACAAUCAGGCGGUGACAACCAAGAUAAACAAUCAGGCGGUGACAACCAAGAUAAACAAACAGGCGGUAACAACCAAGAUAAACAAACAGGCGGUGACAACCAAGAUAAACAAUCAGGCGGUGACAACCAAGAUAAACAAUCAGGCGGUGACAACCAAGAUAAACAAACAGGCGGUAACAACCAAGAUAAACAAACAGGCGGUAACAACCAAGAUAAACAAACAGGCGGUAACAACCAAGAUAAACAAACAGGCGGUGACAACCAAUCAGGCGGUGACAACCAAGACAAUCAAUCAGGCGGUGACAACCAAGACAAUCAAUCAGGCGGUGACAACCAAGACAAUCAAUCAGGCGGUGACAACCAAGACAAUCAAUCAGGCGGUGACAACCAAGACAAUCAAUCAGGCGGUGACAACCAAGACAAUCAAUCAGGCGGUGACAACCAAGAUAAACAAUCAGGCGGUGACAACCAAGAUAAACAAUCAGGCGGUAACAACCAAGAUAAACAAACAGGCGGUGACAACCAAGAUAAACAAUCAGGCGGUGACAACCAAGAUAAACAAACAGGCGGUAACAACCAAGAUAAACAAACAGGCGGUAACAACCAAGAUAAACAAACAGGCGGUAACAACCAAGAUAAACAAACAGGCGGUGACAACCAAUCAGGCGGUGACAACCAAUCAGGCGGUGACAACCAAGACAAUCAAUCAGGCGGUGACAACCAAGACAAUCAAUCAGGCGGUGACAACCAAGACAAUCAAUCAGGCGGUGACAACCAAGACAAUCAAUCAGGCGGUGACAACCAAGACAAUCAAUCAGGCGGUGACAACCAGGACAAUCAAUCAGGCGGUGACAACCAGGACAAUCAAUCAGGCGGUGACAACCAAGACAACCAAUCAGGCGGUGACAACCAGUCAGGCGGUGACAACCAGUCAGGCGGUGACAACCAAGACAACCAAUCAGGCGGUGACAACCAAGACAACCAAUCAGGCGGUGACAACCAAGACAACCAAUCAGGCGGUGACAACCAAGACAACCAAUCAGGCGGUGACAACCAAGACAAUCAAUCAGGCGGUGACAACCAAGACAAUCAAUCAGGCGGUGACAACCAAAACAAUCAAUCAGGCGGUGACAACCAAGACAAUCAAUCAGGCGGUGACAACCAAGACAACCAAUCAGGCGGUGACAACCAAGACAAUCAAUCAGGCGGUGACAACCAAGACAAUCAAUCAGGCGGUGACAACCAAGACAAUCAAUCAGGCGGUGACAACCAAGACAAUCAAUCAGACGGUGACAACCAAGACAACCAAUCAGGCGGUGACAACCAGUCAGGCGGUGACAACCAGUCAGGCGGUGACAACCAGUCAGGCGGUGACAACCAAUCAGGUGGUGACAACCAGUCAGGCGGUGACAACCAGUCAGGCGGUGACAACCAAUCAGGCGGUGACAACCAAUCAGGCGGUGACAACCAAGACAAUCAAUCAGGCGGUGACAACCAAGACAACCAAUCAGGCGGUGACAACCAGUCAGGCGGUGACAACCAAUCAGGCGGUGACAACCAAUCAGGUGGUGACAACCAAGACAAUCAAUCAGGCGGUGACAACCAAGACAACCAAUCAGGCGGUGACAACCAAGACAACCAAUCAGGCGGUGACAAGCAAGAUAAACAAGCAGGCGGUGACAAACAGACAGGAAAAUCUGGGGAUAAUACUAAUGGACAGGAUAACAGAGGUUGUGGGGUCAAUGAUGAUAUCGACAAUGAAGAAUCAGACGAUGUCGAUCAAGAAGGAGGUGAUGAAACGGACUCUGGAGAUGACAGAGAAGUGCAAUCAAAUGAUGAAAAUGAUGAUUCAGAUGACUCCGAUGAACAAAAUCGGGAGAUUAACGAUGAUGAUGAGUCUUUAGAUGAAAACCCUCGUCGCAGGUCACGAAGGUCUAGAAGACGAUUAAGGCGCAUUUUCAGGCGAAGGUUUGGCUCUAAGGAUCCAAGCCCAUAUGUUCAAGGCUUCCCUAUCAAAGGCAUCCCAUUAAACGACUUUAUUAAACAAAUCUUCCCUAACAGAGAUUUUACUUUGGAAGAAUACGAACGGUAUGUUCGUCGUCCCUACAGGAGAAUCCGGGCUCGUGCGAAUAGAAGAAGGCGUAGGGAAAGAUGCCCUUGCAAAGAACGACGACCAGAAAACUAAACGCGCUACAUACAAUGCACAUACCUACCUAGAAUAAGAAGUGAAGAAAUAAUCCGACAAAUGCGGCAAGAAAAUGGACUCCGAGUUAUUAAUAUUCAAACAAACAUAUAAUCAAUUUUGGUUGUGGAUAAAUUUUUAAUGGCAAUAAAUUCAAGCAAGCAUGAUAA